AUGGACAAUCCUCGUAUUAUAUCAGAACAAGUCUUUGGUUCAAGUAAAAAGAUACAAUUCAUAGGCAUGUCGCCUAUGGAAACGUUAUUGAACGCUGUCAACUGCGCUGAUCGCAUCGAUACUUCCGAGAACUCGUCCCACAACAGCAGCAGCAAUAGCAGCCCACGCACUAUGUCGAUUGAAUCCAUUCUUGAUACCGAUUACCCAAAACCAUCACCUUCACCACGACCACCAACCACCAUCAGCAAACCUGUCAACACAUUUGAACCCGAGAAACGACGAUGGAUGCAUAGCAGCGAAGAUGUACCAACGACGCAUGAGCGAUCGAACAAAGUGCGACGCAUGGUUUCUUCUCCUCCACAACGUAUGACGACCUUAACUUGCCUUCAUGCAGCUGUGGCACAAAAAUCAUAUGGCUCUGAAAAACGCUUCUUGUGUCCUCCACCCGUGGUUACAAUACAAGGCGAAUCCGCAACGCAUCCUCUUGUCUCUAUGGCGGUGAUGUGUGAGAAUGGUGAUCGUUUUUUGGAGCAAAAGAUUCUUCUUGAUGAAACAAAGCAUGGCAGCUUCAAGUACUUGCAUGUUGCUGGCACUGCAAAAGCAAAGCAAUUUCAUUUGCGUGUUAGCUUGGCUCAUGGUGCACCUGCUCACAAUGGCUCAUCACCUUCCAGCAGUACUAGUAGCAGCAUUAACAAGCCUACAUCUCCUCCUCCUCCAAGCCAACCCUAUGUCACCUUCUUCUCCUGCCCAAUUUCUAUCAUCUCCAAGCCUUCAAAAAAGACAUCCAAAGCACGCAAUGUAUCCAGCUGCAUCGUUGCCAAUUCAUCGGUAUCACUUUUCAAUCGCAUCAAUUCUCAAACCGUACGCACCAAAUACAUGACGACUGAAAAUGGCCAACUAUGCGCAAAAAACUCAUCAUGGGCACCAUUCGAUAUCAUUGUAUUGCGUCAACCCAACAAACCACAGCAAGGUGUUGAUGAUUUGACAUCGCCACCCACCAAUGCACCUGUCACUUAUGGAUCUGAAAUCAUGCUGAAGGAUACUCAGACGGGUGUACUUUCUCCACGCAUGAUUAUUCGCAAGGUGGAUAAAGGAUACAUUGCUCCCAAUGCCAGCGGUCCUGUUAGCCAAAUGCAGAAAAUUGCCUUACAGCUUAUGCCAACCUCUGACAACAGCAAUGAUGAAUCCAUGUACUUGAGCGCAAAGGCAUCUGAAGACACCAACACAACCGCUACAUGGCUUGAAUUUGCUACUUCCAAACGCAACGCCGAUGAUCAAGAAAAGGUUGAUGACUAUUUGUGUUGGACCAUUGUUGGUAUUGCCAAGUUUGAAUACAGCUACAUCGAGCCAGCACUCCCUAACAAUGCCGAAUGGGGCACGUCACCCUCACCCUCAUCACCUAUCAUGUCAUCUGGUGCUGGUGGUGGUAUGCAUGACAACAAUAGCAGCACUUCUUUAUAUCAACAAUACAACAACGGCAAUGCUCGACAUCCACAACUUUCACCGCCACCUUCACCACCACGACGUAUUGUUCCAUUGCCACUCAUUGAUGAUGUACGGUAUUCGCCUCAUCGUAUCGAAUUGACAGGUCAGCAUUUCCAUUCAUUUGAAUUUUGGAUCGGUUCCCAAGGUCCCUUGAAGCCUCUUGAUCAAACGCCCCAAUCCAUGGUGUUGGAUUUGCCACCCACCCAAGAUUUACUCGUUGCGCACCAUGACCUUCUUGUGGCUCGAUCGGAUGGGUCACGGUACUUGGAGUUGCCUUUGGUCCUUAAACAUCAACAAGAUGGCAAUACAUUCUCCUCUGGCAAGGGACUCGCUUGUGAUAUUCUUCCAAAUGGUGAUGCUGGUCAAUGGUCUGUAAUUGCUAUGCAUACACCUCCUUCUUCCUCUUCUUCCUCGGCGCCGUCGUCCUCUUAG